UCAAGUGCGUUCAUCGGCAAUAUUCCGGAGAUAAGCGGCGACCCGCAGAGCUAUAAGGUUGCCAGCAGCCCGGCAAGCGUUUCAGUCCGAUCCUGGCCACUCAGCGCGAAUCACCGACCCCAUUUUAUUACCCCAAAACCCACAAUUCGUACCCCCCGCCAGACGAAGAGCACCUGUUCCAGCGAUAAGCGUUCUAAGCCGUAAACACAAAGAUCUGGUUACGUAAACAAGAAACAGAGAGCAGAACAUGGAAGUACCGCCUCCGCUCGUCCUCAAGCGACCGCUGUAUGUGCCCAGCAAAACGCUGAUGGGUCCGGGACCCUCGAACUGCUCACAUCGCGUCCUAGAGGCCAUGAGCAAUCCGGUGCUCGGCCACAUGCACCCAGAGUGCCUGCAGAUAAUGGACGAAGUGAAGGAGGGCAUCAAGUACAUAUUUCAGACCCUGAACGAUGCCACCAUGUGCAUCAGCGGAGCUGGUCACUCGGGAAUGGAGGCCGCUCUGUGCAAUCUGAUCGAGGAUGGCGACGUGGUGCUCAUGGCCAUCACGGGUGUCUGGGGUCAUCGUGCCGGGGACAUGGCCCGUCGCUACGGGGCCGAGGUUCACUACGUGGAGGCGAGUUUCGGGCGGGCUCUCACCCUCGAGGAGAUCACAUUCGCCUUCGAGGCGCACCGCCCUCGGGUUUUCUUCAUAGCCCAGGGCGACUCCUCGACGGGCAUUUACCAGCAGAAUAUCCGCGAGUUGGGCGAGCUGUGCCGGAAGUACGACUGCUUUCUGGUGGUGGACACGGUGGCCUCGCUCGGCGGGGCCGAGUUCCUGAUGGACGAGUGGAAGGUGGACGUGGCCUACACCGGUUCCCAGAAAUCCCUCGGCGGUCCGGCAGGACUCACGCCCAUAUCCUUCAGCAAGCGCGCCCUCACUCACAUCCGCAAGCGCAAGACCAAGCCGAAGGUGUACUACUUCGACAUCCUGCUGAUCGGCCAGUACUGGGGCUGCUAUGGCACCCCAAGGAUCUAUCAUCACACCAUCUCCUCCACCUUGCUGUACGGAUUGCGCGAGGCGCUGGCCCACUUUUGUGCAGUGGGCUUGAAGGCGGUGGUGCGCCGGCAUCAGGAGUGCUCCAAGCGACUCCAGCUGGGCAUCGAGGAGUUGGGCCUGGAGAUGUUUGUGCAGCGGGAGGAGGAGAGGUUGCCCACGGUGAACACGAUCAAGGUGCCCUUCGGAGUGGACUGGAAAAAGGUGGCCGAAUAUGCCAUGCGCAAGUACAGCGUUGAGAUCAGCGGUGGACUGGGACCCACCGUGGAGCACGUUUUCCGGAUCGGUUUAAUGGGGGAGAACGCCACUGUGGAGCGCGUGGACAUGGUACUCAGCAUCCUGAACGAGGCCAUUCAGAGCAGCAAGCUGGGGAUCAAGACGGAACGCUCCAAAAUUUAAUACCACUCAGCGGCAUCUCCUUGUUUUUAUUGGUUUUUUAAAAAUAUAUAUAAAAUAAAAUUCAUAUUUGAAUAUA